CGGUGGGAUAACGUGGUGGAGACAGAAAGGAGAAGGGAGGUGAUCGUUGACCGGUAACGUGAAAAAUCAACCAACACGUGCCGGUUAAACAGGUUAAAAUUCCUUCGAAUUACCAUUUCCAAUGGAUAUAAAUAUUCAGUGGAAGAAAAGCUUAGCUCUGGGUUUCUCAAAGAGAGAGAGAGAGUGAGAGAGACAAGGAGCAGUAGAUCUCAAGCCUUGCACAGAUCUUUUUGGGGGUGUUAUUAAUGGAAAAUGGAAAUGGAAAAAGGGCAGAGAAAGGAGCUAAAUACCACUAACUUGUCGUAUUUGAUCCCAUGCUCUUCGUAUCUUUAAAGCUUUGAUCCCUACCCUUUUGUCCUCUGUCGCAACCUUAGAUCGAUCAAAACGAAACCCUUCUUUCCUAUUCCUUUUCUCUUCAUCUUAUGGGUAAAAGAUAAAUAAAGGUGGAAUUGGAUAAAGAGAUAAAAGAGCAACGGGAAACGAGAAAGAAAGGGGAAAGGAGAGUGAGUGUCCUUGUUACAUUUUUUUCUCUUUUUGGAGUGCACUGAAACAUGGGUACGGGUUGGAGAAGAGCCUUUUGCACUACAAUCCCUAGAGACCCUGAAAACACUGUUAUAGAUAAGCAACAUCAGAGUCCAAGUCCUAGCCCCAGGAAUUGUGCCAAGCUGAGCUUUUUUUCUACUGGAAGUAACCCUUCUACGCCCCGUUUCCAAUCUCAACCGGUUUCUAGCCCCAGUCUUCGUUGCCGCACUACUGUUGAACCGUCUUCCACAAAUGAAAGUCCCACUCUCCAUUGCAAAACCACCCCUAGAGCAGCCACUAAAAGUCCUAAACCAAUUCUAUCCUCCAAUCCUUCCUCUCCUCGUUCCCCUCUCAAGCUUUCACUUUUCCGUAACAGCUUCAAGUUCAGGAGUAGCUGUGGAAUCUGUUUGAACAGCGUGAAGACAGGUCAAGGAACUGCCAUUUACACAGCUGAAUGUGCACAUGCCUUUCAUUUCCCAUGCAUCGCUGCUCAUGUUCGUAAACAUGAUUCCCUCGUUUGCCCGGUGUGUAAUACCACCUGGAAAGAUGUUCCUCUUCUCUCCAUCCACAGAAACUCAGCUCCUCAAAACGACACACCUCUGAUCGAAAACACCACCCCUAGAAUUGAAGAAAAAAAAAUCAUUGAAUCUUGUUCGCCCAGAAUUGUCAACCAGCCGGAACCAAAACCCAAACAGAAACCCAAAGCCAAACCGUCCGAUUUAAGAUCCUACGAUGACGAUGAGCCAUUGCUAUCCCCAACCGCCGGUGCUCGUUUUAUUCCCAUCCCAGAAGCUGAUGAAAACAUCGAACAAGAAGAAGACGACGACGACGUCGAGGAGUUCCAAGGGUUCUUCGUUAAUCCCAAAUCUUCAUCCGCCGUCAAAUCCGAUGAUGUACUCUCGUUCAAAGGCCGUGAUUUUAGGAAUGUCCAGGUCAGAUUAUCUCCCGAAACGGCGGUCGUUUCAGUGGGCCGUGGAUACGAAACUUAUGCUGUGGCUUUGAAAAUCAAGGCUCCACCUCCCCCCGCUAAAAUAUUGGCUCCUUCGAGGAAUAGUAGCAAUUCGACGUCGCAUUUGGACCCUUCUCAUCGUGCGCCUAUCGAUUUGGUUACGGUUCUUGAUGUCAGCGGUAGCAUGACCGGCGCUAAGCUCCAGAUGUUGAAACGCGCCAUGCGUUUAGUCAUUUCGUCGCUCGGCUCGGCUGAUAGGCUUUCCAUCGUGGCUUUCUCGGUUACUUCGAAACGGUUAUUGCCUUUGCGGAGGAUGACGGCUCAGGGUCAACGAGCUGCUCGGCGCAUUAUUGACCGGCUCGCCUGCGGUCAAGGAACCAGCGUUGGCGAUGCGUUGAGGAAGGCAACCAAAGUUCUUGAGGGUCGGAGGGAAAGAAAUCCAGUUGCUAGCAUAAUGUUGUUGUCCGACGGUCAGGAUGAAAGAGUCCAAUCCAACGCUUCCAAUCAACGGCACCAUUCAAGCCACGCCUCGUCCACUCGUUUCGCCCACAUUGAAAUCCCGGUUCACGCGUUCGGGUUCGGGCAGAGCGGCGGGUACAGUCAUGAGCCAGCUGAGGAUGCGUUUGCCAAAUGCGUUGGUGGGUUAUUGAGCGUUGUGGUCCAAGAUUUGAGAAUCCAGCUCAGCUUCGCAUCCGGCUCUGCACCAGCUGAAAUAACAGCCGUUUAUUCAUGUAACGGGAAGCCUACUGUUUUAACUUCCGGCUCCGUCCGGCUAGGCGAUUUAUACGCUGAGGAAGAAAGGGAAUUGCUCGUGGAACUGAAAGUCCCAACUUCGGCGGUUGGAUCCAGCCACGUGAUGUGCGUUCGCUGUCUUUACAAGGAUCCCGCCACACAAGAAGUCGUGUACGGCAGAGAUCAAGCGCUUCUCGUACCUCGGCCCAACGACGUUCGAUCAUCGGCUCCUAAAAUCGAACAGUUGAGAUUCUUUUUCAUCUCGACUCGAGCCAUAGCCGAGGCGAGAAGGCUGAUAGAGUGCAGUAACGACUUGACAAGCGCUUACCAUUUGUUGGGCUCGGCUCGAGCCUUGUUGAUGCAGUCGAAUUCGCAGUCGGCCGAAGAGUAUGCCAGAGGGUUAGAAGUUGAGUUGGCGGAAUUGCAUUGGAGGAAACAGCAGAUGAUGGAAAUCCAACGACGGAGGGUGAACGAAAGGGAAAGGGAAAGAGAAAGGGAGUCGAUGACAGUGGUGAUGGAUGAAAACGGAGAGCCACUUACGCCGUCUUCGGCUUGGAGAGCGGCUGAGAAGUUGGCUAAAGUCGCCAUGAUGAAGAAGUCGUUGAAUAGAGUCAGCGAUUUACACGGCUUCGAAAAUGCUAGAUUUUAGUUGCCCUUUUCCUUUUAAAUAUUAUUAAAAAAAUCUAGUUAUAUCAUUAUAGGGGAACAUGCUGGUGGCAGCAGACGGCGCGGGCAUUUCUGCCAUGAACUAAAAACUAAAAAUUCAAGCAUUUGAUUGAUGGGUGGCUUCAAAUGGAAAAUACUCUUCUGUUUUUGGUUCUAAAUUAAAAUCCCCAUUUUAAUUUGUUUAGGGAAAUGUAUGUAUCAUCAUCAUCAUCAUCAUCAUCAUCAGCUUACAAAGUUGUAAAUGCUUAGUAUUAUAAUUGGGUUGCUGUUUUCUUGGCUUUUUUAUGGAGUAAUUAGUGGGGUUUUAAUCCUUUAUUAUUUUGAUGUAGUUUAAAAAGUUAUCCUUUAGGAAAAAGGAAAAAAGUGGGAAAUGGUGUAAGAAUGAUUGGGGUAACUUGGACUUGGAAUUGAUAAAUGAUGAAUGAAUCAUUUUCUUCUUUUUA